CCACCGGUGUCCUCCUCCCAACCUCCCUCCCACCUUAAGCCCUGUGCAGCAUAUAAAGGGAACGGUGGCUGGGCCAGGCACCACAUUCUCUCUCCUCUUCAUCCCAGGCAGGCAGACUCCUUCUCAGCAGCCAUGUCCUUCUCCAGAUCUAGCAUGUCCUACAGCAGCAGCGGUGGUGGAGGUGGCACCAUGUCCAUGAGGUGUGGAGGUGGAGGUGGAAUGGGUAUGGGUUCCUCACGCUUCUCCUCAAUGGGUGGUGGUGGUGGUGGAGGAGGCCGCGUCACGGCCAUGAGGGCCGGCAGUGUGUAUGGAGGUGCAGGAGGCUCUGGGGUGCGCAUCUCUAGCUCCUCGUUUGGUUCCGGCAGCGGAGGUGGUGGUGGAGGUUAUGGUUUCGGCAUGGGAGGGGGUGGUGGUGGCGGUGGAGCCGAUCUCCAUGUGUCUGCCAACGAGAAGGCCACAAUGCAGAACCUGAACGACCGCCUGUCCAACUACUUGGAGAAGGUGCGCUCUCUGGAGGCGGCCAACGCCGAGCUGGAGCUGAAGAUCCGUCAGUUCAUGGAGAGCAAGACAUCCCCCAGCGCUCGCGACUACUCUCGCUUCUACGCUACUAUUGUCGACCUGCAGGACAAGAUCCAGGCUGCCACUUGCUUGAAUGGGGGCAUCUAUCUGAACAUCGACAACGCAAAGCUCGCUGCAGACGACUUCAGAACCAAGUAUGAGAACGAGCUGGCCAUGCGUCAGUCAGUGGAGGCGGACAUCGCCGGGAUGAAGAGGAUGCUGGACGAGAUGACCAUGGCCAGAUCUGACCUGGAGAUGCAGAUCGAGGGGCUGAAGGAGGAGCUCAUCUAUCUCAAGAAGAACCAUGAGGAGGAGCUGCUGGCCAUGAGGUCACAGAUGACUGGACAGAUCAACGUGGAGGUGGACGCAGCACCACAGCAGGACCUGUCCAGAGUCAUGGCUGAGAUCCGUGAGCAGUACGAGUCCGUUAGUGCCAAGAACCAGCGCGACCUGGAGUCCUGGUUCCAGACCAAGACAGAGACGUUGAACAAGGAGGUGGCAUCCAGCACAGAGGUUCUCCAGACCUCCAAGUCAGAGAUCUCAGAGAUCCGUCGCACACUGCAGGGCCUGGAGAUCGAACUGCAGUCACAGCUCAGCAUGAAAGGCUCCCUGGAGAACACGCUGGCGGAGACGGAGGGCCGUUACUCCAUGCAGCUGGGACGCCUCCAGAACCAAGUGACCAGUCUGGAGGAGCAGCUAGUGUCUCUCCGCAGCGACAUGGAACGCCAGGGCCAGGAGUACAAGAUGCUGCUGGACAUCAAGACACGCCUGGAGAUGGAGAUCGCUGAGUACAGGAGGCUGCUGGACGGAGAGGCUAGCGGCCUCGGCCUCAGCUCCUCGAAAUCUGUCCACAGCUCCUCCAGCUCUGGCCCCAGGUCCUCCACCAAAGGAAAGGUGGUGAUCGUCACAGAGGAAAUGGUGGAUGGCAAGGUUGUUUCCUCAAGUGGAACCAAACACACCACAUAAGGUCCCACACAUGCAGCGAGCACUGCAGCAAGCAACGGGUUAACCCCAUAGAAAUAUAAUUACUAGAAUGGGUAUAUGAAAUGAGAGGCCAGCACAUAGAAUAUUGCUGUUCCCCAGUGCUUAAUUCAUGCAACCUAAAAUACAACAUUUCAACUUAUAAAAAGUAUUUGUCAGAUAAAUAACGUUGUUUGUUGAGGCCAGCUCCGGUUAACUCUAGUUUAAGAUGUGCAUACCAGCCUCCUAUUCUUUCUAGAAUGGCUAAAGCCCCUCGGAUCAUUGACUUGAAUGGGGAUUUAUUUUCUGGUAAUACUAUUUCUAUGGUUAACACCUCCAGAACAACACAUUCUACUACAUCUGGAUGGAUGCAGGGUAGCCUAGUGGUUAGAGCGUUGGACUAGUAACUGGAAGGUUGCAAGUUCAAAUCCCCGAGCUGACAAGGUACAAAUCUGUCGUUCUGCCCCUGAACAGGCAGUUAACCCAUGUUCCUUGGCUGUCAUUGAAAAUAAGAAUUUGUUCUUAACUGACUUGCCUAGUUAAAUAAAGGUAAAAUUAAAUUAAAAUGGAACACCAACAACAGACCCCAUUGUCAAUGUAAUAAAGAUGCUCUGACUUGCUGACACCAUCA